AUGCGAACUCGCCAGGGCUGCCGGACCUGCAAACGGCGCAAGAUUGGCUGUGAUAAGGAAUUUCCAGCGUGUCGAAAUUGUCUUCGUACCGGUAGGCGGUGCUUGGGAUAUGGCAUCCAACUCCGAUGGGAGGAUGAGUACGACGGAAGGCGCAAAGAUAGCCAUCUCAAAGCUCCAACAGACGCUGUCUAUCUCCUGCCCAAACACAAGGAGAACUAUGGACUACAAUUCCUCAAUGUCACAUUCAAGGAUUUGAAGCAUUCGGAACGAUCAAUCGCAUGGUCGCAGCUAAUUUCUCAAAGAGACUACACCUAUCCUUCACCUCGUUGUCUCUCAUCCUGGCCUGAUAUUGCUCACGAUGGCUCGGAUCUUCUAGAAUACUACGAGAGGAGGAUAUCGAGCAUGAUAUGUACGAUUGACAGCAACAAUGGCUUCCGCUUAGACUUACUACCACGUGCACUUUCGCACACAUGCGAAGCAUCUAUAGCAUUACGAAAUGCUAUCUUUGCCGUUUCAUGCUUUCAUAGACUCGGCGUGCAAAAAGCAUUGCCAUUCAAGACAAAAGCCCUUCGCUACCUCUCCUAUUCUCUAGCAGGGGAAGAAGCACUAAGACAUCCUGGAGUCGUAGAAACCCAACUCGCCGCAUCCCUGAUGCUUUGUGUCUAUAGUAUAUUCGAUGAGACCGAAGGAAACUGGCACCUUCACCUGAACGGAGCCAAGAACAUUCUACGGCGGCUUGAUACUUCUAAAUCCGGCGGCCGCACAUCUAGUUUCCUUUAUACCUGGUUUCUCUAUCAUGAAGUGCUUGGUGGCUGUAGCCAACACCGUAGCCGACUCUCCGACGGGUCACCUUCAAUGUCGGGUUUUCUUUCUCCAACAUUUGACAAAACAGAGAUCAUCGGGUCACUAGGCUUCUCUUUGGAGCUACUUGACGCGAUUCACAGAAUAAACUUCUUACGGGAUAAUUUACCCAGUCGAACGUACACAACGGAGUUUGAUGAUCUCGAAUCACAGUUAUUACGAUUGAAUCAAUACGCAAAUAUAGACAAAGCGAGUCAAAUCCAGGGCCAAGCGGCCAGAAUUUUGUCCACAGCUGAGUUUUAUCGCAUAGCGACAUUGAUUUACCUUUUACAAGUCAUCCCUGGCUCUGAAAACGCAACUCGCAGAUCUUCGUACGUCGAUCUUGGAUUUCGGGUCUUGAUAUCCCUGCCGAUUUGUACUAGCCCCUGGCCGCUGUUUGUGUUGGCUUGCGAGGCACAGUCGGACAAGCAUAGAAUUGAAAUUCUACACAGCUUGGAUCAGAUGGAUCAGAAUCGGAAAAUCGGUAAUGUUUUUGUCAUCAGAAACAUCAUUGAAACGCUAUGGAACCAGCAAGAUCUUCAGGCUGAUGUGGACAAUAACUCACAAUUCAAAUGGUGGCAGAUGGCGGCACUCAAUAGCAACACGCCUUGGUUUAUUUGA